AUGACAAAUAUCAUCCGCUUCUUAGUGUCCAGCGUGUGCAACUUCCGGAGCGAAAUCUCCCUCUCACUCUUUAGCCUCAGAAUCGCCAGCCUGCUUGACAACGUGUGGCCUCAAUACAUCCCGGAAAGGAAUAAGAUAAAUGAGAGGCGGAAGUUCGGACUCUGCCUCUGGCUAACUAGUUUGUGGUGUUUCCUCUUCUUCUUCCAGCAAACCAUUCACUUCACCAUCAACUGUAUGUACAAAGACUCAACUGUGCUCGGGCUGUGGCACGUGGGUCUUUUCACGGACAAAGCGGGCAUGUACAUGGAGAAGGAUUUUCCAAGUACACCGAUAUCAACAGAAACAGAAACGAGAGAAAAGGCUCACCUUCGCACCAUUGAGAAUUACAUCCCACACAAGGGACAAUGGGCCCUCGGAGCAAGUCGUCAGCUGCGAGAUGUCCAUGGACUGGACUCUAAGUACGACGGUAUCUGCUCAAUCACGCGAGUAAAUGGUCUCAAUAGGUAUAAAGAAACGCGUGACUGCUACGUGGCGGAACAGGACACGCCUGGAAUCUGUCGCUGGUGUGCCUCAACCGCGUUCGCUUACAACGAGCCAGUCCCGCCCUGCCAGAUUGGGGACGGUCGGGCGCAGAGGCACACUACUCCAUGCGUCGAGCUUCCCCUGUUUUAUACCUCACUCUUCUCUGCUCUCAAAGCCCCCCCGCCCGCAAGGCAGACAUUGAAACUUGAUCUCCAAUCCUUGAUCCUGCCAUGGUCUUGCGACGCCCGGUGUACGCAGGAGAACGAGCUCAAUUACCUGCUGGUGGUUUGCUCUUUCUUGGACACAUCGGAGGAAUCCGGCACCAACAUUCAACUUCUUUGGAGUGCUGGUCUAUCUCAACUCCAAGAGCUUCUCAUCAAGUUAGACCUAGGAACCUACUUUGACAAAAAUAGACAACAAGAUUCACGAGUUCAGACUCCAGCAUCACGAAAGGCCAUACUGAGCGCUAGCAGAAGACAGCUUCUUCACCAUGGAGAUUGGGAUGGACUACUAGAGCCAUCGAUGGCUUCGAAAUCCUCCACGUUUAGUAACACGCGCGUUGUGCAUCUUCCCGCAGGCGCGGUGGGCUCCCAGGAGCAGAUUGACAAGGAACUGGCCACCUCGGUUCGACGGAAAAGAAUGGCUGAGAGAGCGCUGCUGAGCCGAGAGGGUGAAGCGGCCCCAACUUUUUCCAAUAGUCUCCAAGACGACGUAGGGUACGGCUCAGCUCAGCUCAGCUCAGCUCAAGCUGUCUAUUCCAUGCCACGGCUGCUCCAGCCGAAGAAGCGCCAACACGCCGGCGCCUGGACAGCAAAAGACUUCAUGUCGUUAGCGACUUUCCUCCGACAUGCCGGCUCGAGGGUUCACUGCUCCAAGUCGAGGCGGUGGCAUCCGAUUGAGGGUGGAACUCUUGCUAUUGGUCAUAAACCGAAUGGGAGGAUCACGAGCAUGUCACUAGUCGGGAAGCAUGGCGAGUCACUUGCAUUGGGGGGAAAACGGCUGAAGAAAUAA